AUGGCUGUUUACAUCGCGGAGCUGGCGACCCGGUUCCGUGUAUCGAAGCAAGCUGGCGGUUUCCGCAUCACAAUGACAGGAGUUAAGACAGUGGCUGCUCCUGUGUCCGCUCAUCCGCAAAUGGUUGCGGUUCCGACGCAAGAUCCAGGAUACAAUCAAGGCGAGGCUCGUAUCGCCUUCGGUGGUGCAUAUGCACCUGGUGAACAUGCGGAUGAAGGAUAUGUGAUGCCAUGA